UGUGAGUAACGGAGGAAGUUCACUGUAGAGUUCAGCCGAGUGUCGGCGCGGGGAAAGUUUGACCAGGCCGCGUAUUUCUAGACUUCCUGGAGCAAGGGCAGCCUGCGGUGGAGCCGUCCCAUAAAGCAGAAGGAGUGUCAUUUGACCCAGCGGUUCCCCCAGUGAACCCCAACCUCAGGCCCUCCUGACUCAGGGAUACCAUGGGACUCCCUCCUCUUCGCCUUUCCACUCUCCUCUCAUUCCUCUUCCUGUGCCACACCUGCACCUCCUUCAGGCCCCAGGUUGUGGAGCGGGCACCUGACCCUGAGCUGCCUCAGUCCUCUGGUAACACGUCAGGGUCUGGAAAACGGAUGUGUUCAGACAUUGUGGUGUGUAGACCUGGCAUCCUGCUGCCGGUGUGGCUACCACUCAAUCCUCCACUGGGGGAGCAGGCAGGGAGGGCAGUUGUCUACUUCCUAUGUCUCAUGUACAUGUUCGUGGGUGUGUCCAUCAUUGCAGACCGCUUCAUGGCUUCUAUAGAAGUGAUCACCUCUCAGGAGAAAGAGGUGACCAUCACCAAACCCAACGGUGAAACCACUGUGACGACAGUACGAAUCUGGAACGAGACUGUAUCCAACCUCACACUCAUGGCUCUGGGCUCCUCUGCACCUGAAAUCCUGCUUUCUGUUAUUGAGGUGUGUGGCCACGACUUUCAUGCGGGGGAACUCGGCCCGGGCACCAUAGUGGGCAGCGCUGCCUUCAAUAUGUUUGUGAUAAUUGGUCUGUGUGUGUGGGUGAUCCCUGAUGGAGAGUCUCGUAAGAUCAAACACCUGCGAGUGUUUUUCAUAACAGCUUUCUGGAGUAUUUUUGCCUACAUAUGGCUCUACCUCAUAUUGGCUGUCAUCUCACCUGGGAUUGUAGAGGUGUGGGAGGCCAUAGUGACGCUGCUUUAUUUUCCGGUGUGUGUGAUCUUGGCUUGGAUCGCUGACCGACGCCUACUCUUCUACAAAUAUAUGCACAAGCGUUACCGCGCUAACAAGAGGCACGGCAUCGUGGUGGAAAUGGAAGGUGACCUUGCCCCCAAAGCCAGUGAUGUGAUCAUGGAUGGAAAGUUGUCAGACAUCAGCUCAUGCCCUGGAAAUUCCUCCACUGUUACGGUCUCUGUGCAGACAGGCAAUGAAUUAGACCCGAACAAAGAUGAGGUCGUCCGCAUCUUGAAAGACCUAAAGGAGAAACACCCGGACAAAGACUUGGACCAGCUGAUUGAGAUGGCCAACUACUCUGCCCUGGUUCACCAGAAGAAGAGCCGUGCCUUCUACCGUGUCCAGGCGACUCGCAUGAUGAUCGGUGCUGGCAACAUAUUAAAGAGACAUGCUGCUGAGCAUACACGCCGCCCGGGAGCCAGUGAGGCUGACAAGGCCACGUGCUCGCACAUUUGUUUUGAAAGCGCCCAGUAUCAGUGUACGGAGAACUGUGGCUCUCUGGCCCUGGGGGUGAUCCUUGAUGGCGGAACAGGCCAGAAUACGUUCUAUGUGGACUACUGUACAGAAAAUGGUUCUGCCAAUGCUGGCGCAGACUACGAAUUUACUGAGGGAACCCUGGUGUUCAAACCAGGAGAGAUCCACAAGGAGAUCAAGGUGGGCAUCUUGGAUGAUGACGUCUUUGAGGAGGAUGAGCAUUUCUUUGUACGUCUUCAGAACCUGAGGUCAGAGGAGGGUGGAAAUGAAGGGACGGGGACUCCACCCAAGGGGAGACUGGUGGAGCCGCUGGUUGCCACAGUCACCAUCUUGGAUGACGAUCACGCUGGCAUCUUCACCUUUGGGCAGCAGGUGCUGCGGGUGAGUGAGAGCACAGGCAUGCUGAUGGUGACUGUGGUGAGGAACUCGGGCUCCAGGGGCACGGUUGCUGUGCCAUACCAUACAGAAGAUGGCAGUGCCAAGGCGGGAGUGGACUAUGAGGAGACCAGAGGGGAGCUGGAAUUCACCAAUGAACAGACCAGUCAGACGCUACAGGUGUGUAUUAUAAAUGUGGAGGAGUAUGAGAAGCAGGAAAACUUCUUCAUCGUGCUUGAGAACCCCAAAUGGCUAAAGCGAGGACUUUCUGGCAAUCCCACCCCUGAGGAGGCGGAGGCCAGGAGGAUCUCUGAGAUGGGCAAACCCAUUCUUGGAGAGUACAGCAGGCUAGAGGUCAUCAUAGAGGAGUCCUGUGAGUUUAAGAAAACUGUGGACAAACUCCUCAAGGAUACAAAUCUGGCUGUAGUGAUUGGCACACACUCAUGGAGAGAGCAGUUCAUUGAGGCGGUCACAGUCAGUGCAGGUGAUGGAGAUGAUGCUGAAGGACAGGAGCAGCAAAUGCCCAACUGCUUCGACUACUUCAUACACAUAUUGUGUAUCUUCUGGAAGAUCCUGUUUGCUUGUGUUCCACCCACUGAGUACUGGAAUGGCUGGGCAUGCUUCAUAGUGUCAAUCACUGUCAUUGGUAUUUUAACAGCCGUUAUCGGAGACCUGGCCUCCCAUUUCGGGUGCACUGUUGGUCUGAGAGACACUGUCACUGCAGUGGUCUUUGUAGCACUGGGGACUUCUCUUCCUGAUACCUUUGCCAGUAAAGUGGCUGCUACCCAGGAUCAGUAUGCAGAUGCAUCUGUGGGAAAUGUGACAGGAAGUAAUGCGGUCAAUGUGUUUCUGGGCAUAGGAGUGGCCUGGUCUGUGGCUGCCAUAUAUUGGGAAGUCAAAGGGAAGGUUUUCUAUGUGGACCCUGGAUCACUGGCCUUCUCUGUCACGCUCUUCACCAUUUUUGCCUUCUUUAGUAUGGGAGUGUUGAUGCUUCGCCGAAGGCCGUCCAUAGGUGGCGAACUAGGAGGCCCACGCAUCCCCAAAGUCCUCACUUCACUGCUGUUGUUUGGACUCUGGUUCCUCUACAUCCUCUUCUCCAGCCUGGAGGCCUAUUGCCAUAUACAAGGCUUCUAAGAGAGCACGUCUGAGGAGAGUCUCACACAUCAGCAGGACAUUCAGAAACCUCCCACUGACAAUCAGUUACUGUCAUCACUUGACAACUGCUGCCAUGAUUCAGAAACACAUGUAUGCACACUACAGAUUCACACACUGCCGGACUGUUUCAUUCUCACCUCAUGAAAUGCAGCAACUGUUUUUUUGAGAAAGCAGAACAGAUGUGAAGUUGCUGGAUUUUGUUGAUCCUGGCUCGAUACCUCAAAGACUCGUAUCCUGGAUUUCCAGGAUCAGAGUAAAAAGCCUGACUUCCUGAUACAAUAAGACAGCACAGGUGACCACUGUAGGUGAUAAUGCAGAGUAAGCUGCUCAGAUGUGUGAAAAUACCAAUUAGAAGAACACCACUUUGCUUCAGGUUGUAGUAGUUUUGUUUUUAUAUAUCAAGAGUGUAUCAUCGAGCUUUAUACCUUCCUCUGGCAAAAAGAGAAGCCGUGUUUGUCAGUUCUUUGUCAGUAGUCAUGAGCUCAGGUGAUCUGAAGGAAGCCUGCUAGCCAGUCAGAAGCAAGUGAAAUCAUCUGAGCACAGUUUUGUUACAGUGUGCAGGUGGAGGGACAAGCUGCUGUCGUGAAAUAUGUCUCACGGCUCGGUUGUGUGUCUCUGUUAAGUUAUUGUGACAUGAGGCAUUGUUUAAUGGAAAGCACUGCACCUGCUUAGUGUGAUCUCACUGUAGGCACUGAUAGUAGCAGCACUACAUGGACCCUGCAUUGAAA